AUGACUGACGCCAUUCUACAAGACGUGCUGAGGGUCGUUCCUAAUAUCCCGCUUUCUUUGGUUUCUCAAGGCGCUGAGGCUCUUGUGUUUUCCACCAAUGUGCAUCCAUAUUCGCCAGAACCCAAGGCAUCACAGUUCAUCGUGAAAUAUAGACCUCCAAAGCCAUACAGACAUCCUAAGAUUGAUGCACUUAUCACAAAGUCGAGAACUGUUGGCGAAGCCAAGUUUAUGGCUAAGCUAGCGAAGAUUGGUGUUGCUGCUCCUUCGCUUAUACUGCUAGAUGCUCCUAAUGGUGUUAUCUGGAUGGAACAUGUUGGUAUUGAACUUCCGAACGGCGACGUCUCGCUGAUUAAAAACUACUUGUGGUAUCUAGAAAAGGCUGGUGAUAGGAACACUUGUUUGAGUGAUGAAGUGGAGCUGGUUUUGAAAACUACUGGUGCCGCCAUUGCCAAAUUGCACAUCAACGAUAUGAUCCAUGGUGACUUAACUACACUGAACCUUAUCUUACAAGGAAGCGACAUAUAUCUCAUUGAUUUUGGUCUUUCUUCAUAUUCAAAUCUUCCAGAGGACAAAGCUGUGGAUUUGUAUGUCAUGGAAAGAGCUGUUUUGAGUACCCACUCAGACUAUGCUGACCAGUACAACAAGUGGCUUUUGGAAGGCUACCAAGACCUCCACGAGAACAUGGCCAGCAAGGGUGGCAGAAAGAAGCUUAAAGAAGUCGAGAAGAAGCUCGAGGAUGUCAGGUUACGUGGACGUAAGAGAUCCAUGUUGGGUUAG